AUGACUGCAGCAGCAAAAGGUGGCGGGAGACCGCGAGCUGUGCCGUUGCGCUUCAAAUAUUUGUUAUUGCUCACAACUAUCUUCGGUGGCUGCCUGAUCCUCGUGACAUUCAACUCACGCAUAGAGAUGUUCAUUAUGAACACUGACCCGUCCUGGAGUCAUCGCUAUGAAAUAAGAGAUUCUGAAGAAAGUUACACAAUUAGAACGGAAGGAUGCACGAUACCAGGUCUCAGGGCGUUUGAUGAAAGCAUUAAAAAAUUCAGUGAGCCCCCAAAAAAAUUCGAACGAUGUCACAAUGCCAAUAAUUCGCUUCUUAAAUCAAACGAGACCCAUAUAUGGAUAGUUAAAGAAAAUCUUCCUCAUUAUAAAUUAUCGAUAAACGAAAGCAUUACUUGUUGCUACAAAUGGUUCUACAGACCUGCCGCUAUAGUUGAUAUAAAAUCUGCCGAUGUAGAUGAUCGAGUUCAAUAUGGAAAAUGCGUUGAAUUCGAUAAUAGCAUCGAGGCCAUUAAUGAAUUUGUGAAAGUGAGCUGUAGACACACGUAUAAAACAAUAUAUGAACAAUUUUUCUUAUUUACAAGCAAAAAGCCACUUAUAACAUCGAUUUCAGAAGACUCAAUUGAAACGAUACAAAAUCAAAGUGGAGGAUACAAUGUAAUUGUGAUGGGUAUUGAUGCUAUAUCCAGGUUAAAUUUCCACAGGACUAUGCCUAAGACGCUGGCGUAUCUCAAAAAGAAGGGAGGAUUGGAGUUCCUUGGCUAUAAUAAAGUUGGUGACAACACAUUUCCAAAUUUAAUACCUAUGCUGUUGGGUAUCAAAGAUACAGAAUUAAAAAAAACGUGUUGGCCGAACACAAAAUCUACCUUUGAUAAUUGUCCAUUUAUUUGGGACUGGUAUAAAGAUGCUGGGUACUACACUGCAUUUGGUGAAGACAGUGCCAGACUAGGAACAUUUAACUACGAAAAACUCGGGUUUGCGGCUUCUCCCACGGAUUAUUACAUUCACACAUUCAUGUACGAGGCCGAAAUUCACGUGGGAAACAAAAAGGAUUUUAACGCUUUCAUUUGCAUGGGUGAUAAAUACUUUUAUAAGGUUCUUCUAGACUAUAUAGAAAGUUUAACUCGCACAUUGAAAAACGAUAAGCUAUUCGGGUUUUUUUGGGAAGUCACAAUGAGCCACGACUAUUUAAAUUAUCCUAUGUUGAUGGAUGACGAUUACGAACAAUUUCUGAAACAUCUCGAUGACAGUAAUUACUUAGAUGACACGAUUUUAAUUUUACUUAGUGAUCAUGGAAUUAGAUGGGGUGAAAUAAGAUAUACAAAACAAGGUAGAUUAGAAGAAAGACUACCCUUGUUCCAAAUAUUAAUACCACGUUCAUUUCAAGAUAACUUUCCCCUGGCAUAUGAAAAUAUUAAAAAUAACAGAAAACGUCUCACUACGCCAUUUGAUUUACAUGCAACACUUUCCGAUUUGACGAAUUUAAAUUUCAUAAAAGACGAACAAAUUACUUUGCGAAGCAAAGAAAAUUACGGCUCCGAUAGAAGUAUAAGUCUAUUUUUACCAAUUCCAAAUAAUCGAACAUGUAAUACAGCUGCUAUUGAUGAUCAUUGGUGCACAUGUCAUAAGAGUAAUAGGAUCUCAAUCAAUAACAAAGACGUGUACGAGCCCGCCUUCGAACUUGUCAGAAAUUUAAAUUUGUUAUUACAAGAUCAUUCCCAAUGUGUCAAAUUGAAGCUUUCGGAAAUUCUUGAAGCCACGGAAAUGGAUGCAGGUGUCCCCGAAGUAGGUGAAGUCGGCUGGCAAGAGAUUAUGCUGGUGGUACGAACUACCCCCGGAGGAGGAGUCUUUGAAGCAACCCUUCGACGUAACAGUAAACAGGAGUGGUCUCUCGCCGGUACUGUCAGUCGACUUAACCUAUACGGAGAUCAAAGCCGUUGUGUUCAUCAUUAUCAGUUAAAAUUAUAUUGUUUCUGUAAUUUUUAA